AUGUCGGGUCAUAAAACAUUAGUUGCACACAGACGUCUCAAGACCCCAACGAAUCAACACGGAGACUUUUCAACGGAAGCUCAAAAUGUCCAACUGGGCGAGAAUAGUUUGUAUUCAGACUUGAAAUUAGGAAGAAUCGAUUCGUGGAGUUCGUUGAGCGACGAAAACGAAUACGAAAUCGAAUUAACGAAGAAAUUGCACGAGAAAUUGAAACGAAUAGAUAGGGUAUUGAAGAAGCAAGAAGAUUUUCCUCAUCAUUACGAUAGGGAGGAAAUUGCACUGUGGAUGAAUACAUUCCCGAAUGUUCAUAUAUUUGAUUCGAAGCCGACCUGUGAUAGUAAGAGAGAUUUAUCAAGUGUUGAUAGAAGUUCCUCAAGAAAAUGUGAUCAAAAAGCACCUUAUGUAGCAAAUAACUCAGAUUUUACAUAUAACAGAUUAUUAUCGCAAAGGAGUACUAAUAAUUCUAAAAAACACACAGAAGACAAUAAUGGCAAACACAAAAAUAUCUUUUCAAUAUCGAGUAGGCACAAAAAUAUAGAUGUUGAUAAAUCGUUAAAAAUAACGCCUUUAAAAAGAGUAUCGGAUACUAAAAUACCCACUAAAUCAUUCAAAAGGCUACAGAACGAUUACACGGAUUACCAUUCUCAAUUUGAUUCUCUGCCUUUCAUAAAUUUAGAAGUUCUAAGAGAAAACCGUAAACCCUCGGACACUUACAGAAAUGAAAAAUUAACGAAAUCAUCGAGUUUAACAAAGAACGACUUACUGAUUUUACCUCCUAUAAACAGUGAUAGAUUGAGAUCCAUAUCGGCCACACCUAGUCAGGACAAACCGAAACUAUUUAUAAUUUGA